CCUAUAUCACCAACCUUAAUGAUUUUCUAGUCCCUUUAAGCAACUCAAAAGCUGUAAAACCCUGAUGGCGGUGGCGGCGCCUACCACUUUCUCAUCCUCCACCACCACCUCUUCCGCCUUAUCCAAAUUCUUCAAGCCAUCAAACAAAGUUCCUGCUCUCAGCUUGGGCUUCCUUUCAUCAUCUACCCAGUCGCUUAAUCGGCUUCGCGCUUCAGCUUCUCGAGCCGGGGCUUCACCUGCAGGUUCGGUUCUCUCGGCUCGCAUGGUCUCGACUCCCACCAUUAAGCGACCUGCUUCUCUCGAUUUCGACACCUCCGUUUUCACCAAGGAGAAAAUCAACCUUUCUGGCCACGAUGAGUACAUUGUGAGAGGAGGAAGAAAUUUGUUCAAGCUGUUGCCUGAUGCAUUCAAGGGUAUCAAGCAUAUUGGGGUGAUCGGAUGGGGCUCCCAAGUAUAUUUAUCUGUUGAUUGCUCCACAAUUUUUUAUUUUUAUUGAAUUUAUUUCUUGUCCAGUCGUAUCUUUUAUCCCUCAUUGAUUUAUCUUGUGCAUUCUUUGGUUAAUUUUGUUGUGCUUAGCAAUUGAAUUAGCCACUAUUCUGUUUCGAUUGUGAAAUUUCUUAAUUAGAAUACUCAUUCAAGUGAUGGUCA